GUCUCGGAGCUGUGUGGCAGUGUGUCGGCUUUUGAGUCUUCGAGCUUCUCUCCUCCGUGAUCAAUCUCCGUGAAUCGCCAUUUUCUCUCUCUCUCUCUCUCUCUCUCUCUCUAUCUCUUCGGUUUCAAUGGAUGCUGUCGAUGUUAGUAAGUCUAGAGACCUCGACAAGCUUCUUCUCCGUCAUGGGAAUCUAGUUGACCCCGGCUUCUCUCCCGGACCCGACCUGAGGGAUGACAUAAGGGAAUAUGUGAAAAUCUUGGUAGUUGGUGCGGGUGGAUUGGGUUGUGAGCUGCUCAAGGACUUGGCUCUUUCGGGUUUUCGUAAUCUCGAUGUGAUUGAUAUGGACCGUAUCGAGGUUACUAAUCUCAAUCGUCAGUUUCUGUUCAGACUUGAAGACGUGGGAAAGCCUAAGGCAGAGGUGGCAGCAAAGCGUGUCAUGGAGAGAGUGAGCGGGGUGGAGAUUGUGCCGCAUUUUUCACGUAUAGAAGAUAAGGAGAUUGAGUUUUAUAACGAUUUUAAUAUCAUUGCCCUCGGUCUUGAUUCAAUCGAAGCUCGGAAAUAUAUCAACGGGGUAGCUUGUGGGUUUCUUGAGUAUAAUGAUGAUGAUACUCCGAAAAGUCAAACAAUCAAGCCGAUGGUAGAUGGGGGAACUGAAGGUUUCAAGGGUCAUGCUAGAGUUAUAAUGCCUGGAGUUACACCCUGUUUUGAGUGCACAAUUUGGCUUUUCCCACCUCAAGUGAAGUUUCCUCUCUGCACUCUUGCAGAAACCCCUAGGAAUGCAGCUCAUUGCAUUGAAUAUGCUCAUCUAAUUAAGUGGGAUGAGGUUCAUAAAGGAAAAUCCUUUGACCCUGAUGUGCCAGAACAUAUGCAGUGGGUCUAUGAUGAGGCUAUCAGGAGAGCUGAGCUUUUUGGAAUUCCGGGUGUCACAUACUCUCUCACUCAAGGUGUGGUUAAAAACAUAAUACCGGCGAUUGCUUCCACCAACGCAAUUAUAUCAUCAGCUUGUGCGCUUGAAACCUUGAAGAUUGUGUCUGGAUGCAGCAAAACACUUACAAAUUAUCUGGCGUAUAACGGCGGAGAGGGUCUUUACACUAAAGUGACAGAUUUCCCGAGGGUCAAUGACUGUCUUGUAUGUGGUCCGGGCAUUCUUAUUGAGCUGGACACCUCAGUCACUUUAUCAAAGUUCAUUGAGAUGCUUGAAGAACAUCCAAAGCUUCUAUUGUCCAAAGCAAGUGUUAUACACGGCAACGGCAAUCUCUACAUGCAGGCACCUCCUGUUCUUGAAGAAAUGCUCAGAGGAAACCUAAGCAAGCCGCUCUAUGACCUCAUGGGAAGAGUCCAGAAGGAUACUAUCCAUGUGUCUGGGACAUCUCUCCUGAACGAACAAAAACAGUCGUUCUCAACAAAGCUAAGGGUUCUUUUCAAAGGAGCUGAUGGUGUUGCAGACAUGGAUACAGCCAUUGGAGCAUAAAACCCGAUAGAAAAACUCUUUGAUAACAGCUUAGAUCCCUAUUAAGAGAUAAUUCAGUUGACUUGUCUGGUUCGUAUUUUUGGUCCUUAUUUUUUGUUUGUUUGUCGUUUAUAUCUGUGAUAGCAGAAUUUUACUGCGCGAUGAAAGAAAAGCUAUUCCAAACAGAUGGGUUUAUAUGAUUGUUCUUAACCUCGAA